AUGCAAUUACGUUCAACAGUACGAUUAAAUUUUUGUUCUCAAUUAUGGAAUACUCUACGUCGUUCCAUGUUUAUUCAAUCUCAAGAAACUCCAAAUCCUAAUAGUUUGAAAUUUUUACCUGGUCGUCCUGUACUCGAUUCAGGUGUUGGUACUCGAGAUUUUCCUAGUAUUCAAUCAGCUUAUAUUUCUCCAUUAGCAAAACAAUUAUUUCGUGUUGAUGGUGUUAAGUCUGUUUUUUUGGGUUCGGAUUUUAUAACAAUAACAAAAGAACAUGAUGAUAUUCAAUGGCAAGUAUUAAAACCAGACAUUUAUGCUGCAAUUAUGGAUUUUUUUUCAACAAAUCUACCUGUUGUUGAUGAAGAUGCUGAACAACCACAAAGUAGUGCAUCACCAGAUGAUGAUGAUACAACAGCUAUGAUUAAAGAAUUACUUGAUACAAGAAUACGACCAACAGUUCAAGAAGAUGGAGGAGAUAUUACUUUUGUGGCUUUUGUUGAUGGUGUUGUUAAAUUAAAAUUACAAGGUGCUUGUACUUCAUGUCCAAGUUCGAUAGUUACUUUGAAAAAUGGCGUUCAAAAUAUGUUACAAUUUUAUAUACCUGAAGUUAAAAGUGUAGAACAAACAGAAGAUGAAGUUGAUAAAACAGCAAAGAAAGAAUUCGAAGAAUUUGAAGAAAAACUCCAGCAUGAAUUAUUCGACGAAGAAAAACAACUCGAAAAAGAUUUAUUAGAUGAGGAAGAAAUCGAAGAAAAAAAAGCGAAAUCAAAACCGAAUAAAUAA